UUUUGUAGAGUGGAAUUUACAUGCAAACUGCUUCAAAGGGUAGACGACGUGCUUAAAAAUUGGAAAAAAUAAUGUCUCUCUGAUCCCUUCUUAUUCUUGCAGUAUUGUCUUCAAAUUUUGUUUACCGUCUGCUGAAAUCGUCAGGAAUAGCCUCGCUUACAACCUAUAAAUAUUUGCAGGAAGGAUAGAGUAUCUCACUUAGGAAUGAAUCCUUCCAAGAGGCAGCAAGAAGAAACUUUCUUCGGCGAUGUUGAACCUGUAAAGAAGGCAAGGCUCCCUGAAAAUGAAAACGAUGGUCAGGAGAAACUCCAAGCAUGUGAAGAGGAAGCCAGCCUCCCUCAAAAUGAGGAACAAAAAGUAUGCCAAGAAGUCACAGAGCAAAAAAUUCGACGCAGAAAAGUUGUUCUAUUGCUUUCGUAUUCAGGGUGGGGUUACCUUGGAAUGCAAAGAAAUCCAGAUGCUAAAACAAUUGAAGGAGAUCUACUACUGGCAAUGAAGAAUGCUGGUAUUCUCUCUCAAGAGUACUACGAGAAGCCGCAGAUGAUGCUAUUUCAGCGAGCUGCUCGGACAGACAAAGGAGUCUCAGCUGUACGACAAGUAGUUUCUCUCAAAAUUCCUGAAGGCACUGAUAUUCAAGCCAUCAAUGAACAUUUGUCUCCCCAAAUACGAGUUGUAUGUAUGAAAAGGACCACUAAAGGCUUCAAUUCCAAGGUGAAUUGUGAUGCCAGGACUUACUCCUAUGUUUUACCAACGUAUGCAUUUGCACCUCCAGGGGAGGAGCCUAGUGAAUCAUUCCGAAUUUCUAAGGAAAUCAUGGAGAGAAUUAAUCAAGUCCUGAAAAACUAUGUUGGAACACACAACUUCCAUAAUUUCACAUUUAAGAAGGGUUUCAAGGAUCCCAGUGCUAUACGCUUCAUGCACACAUUUACUUGCGGCGAGCCAUUUGUGAGAAGUGACAGGGAAUACAUCAUUUUGACUGUUAAAGGACAAAGUUUCAUGCAGCAUCAUAUCCGUAAGAUGAUAGGGUUGGCGAUAGCCGUUCUCAGAGGCUAUACCGUGGAAGAAACUAUUCAGAAAGCAUUUAAAAGCGAUCCCCUUGAUAUCCCCAAGGCCCCUGGAUUAGGCUUAAUGUUGGAAGAGGUGCAUUAUGAUGCCUAUAAUAAACGUUAUGGUAGUGAUGGAGUCCACGAGAAACUUGAUUGGACUGAAAAUGAAUCUUUCCUAAAUGAAUUUAAGGAGAAAUUUAUUUUGAAAAAUAUUCUGAAGACUGAGGAAGAAGAGAAAUCGAUGCUCACUUGGAUGACUACAUUGCCAGGACACAGUUACUCUUUGAGGGAGAACCGACCUCCCACAAUUAAUAAAAAACAAGAGCCACUUGUAGAAGAACAACAUGGUAAAGAAAUCAAGACAGAGUGUAAUCUUGCACCUACAACAAACUUGGUGCCAGAAACGAACCAAAAUGAAAAUGUAACCAGUGAAUAAACAAAUACAUUAUCAUAUGAAAUGACA